CAAAAAAAAAGCCCUCUUCAGACACUGCGUCGUUUUAACGCAGAUCUCUCCAGAAAAUCUCGUCCGUCAGCCACUCAUCUCGCAAUCAACAGCCAUAAAUCAAUCUCAGAUGCGAAAACUCUAAAUUAUCCUUUCUCUGAAUUCUCUAUAACUGAAACCCUAUAUAUAGAAAAACACAUCGCCAUUACUCCUGCUAUUACUCUGGCUUUGAGUUUUGGUUUCAGUAUACAUAACAUUAAAUAGUUUGUUUUCAGCUAUUAUCGUCCUCGUUCAAACCGCCGCCGUCAGAGGAUGUCGGACGAGGAACACCAGUUCGAGUCAAAGGCUGACGCCGGCGCCUCCAAGACUUACCCCCAGCAGGCCGGAACUAUCCGUAAGAACGGUUACAUUGUUAUUAAAGGCCGCCCCUGCAAGGUUGUGGAGGUUUCAACUUCCAAAACUGGGAAGCAUGGCCAUGCCAAAUGCCACUUUGUAGCUAUCGAUAUCUUCACUUCCAAGAAACUCGAGGAUAUCGUUCCCUCUUCUCACAAUUGUGAUGUCCCACAUGUUAAUCGCACUGACUACCAGCUUAUCGACAUCUCUGAGGAUGGAUUUGUGAGUUUGCUGACUGACAAUGGCAACACCAAGGAUGACCUCAGGCUUCCCACUGACGACAAUCUCCUCACCCAGAUCAAAGAUGGGUUUGCUGAAGGGAAGGACCUCGUUGUCAGUGUUAUGUCUGCAAUGGGUGAGGAGCAGAUCUGUGCUCUCAAGGAUAUUGGUCCUAAGUAGAGGGUUGCACUCAACAUGGAUUACUGGAAUAUGACAUGACAUGAUAUGAUGAUUUAUAGUUUUAAGUAAAUGAUGGGAGGACCAUUUGCCAUCUUAUUAUUCAGGAUAGUUUUAGACUGAAUUAUUGAUGGUUUGUGUCCUCGACGAUGAAGAGACCACUUUCCUUUGCUUAGGAUGUCUAGGUCGCUAUUAUGUUUCUUUUCUUAUUUCCAUUUUUGUUUUUCUUUAGCCUCUGUUUGAACUACUUGUCAUGUUUAUUACCGUGUGGUAUUUUAGAUUUGAUGUGUUGGCUA